AUGGCUUAUGAUGAAGAUGAUUCUGGGAACAAUAAGAGAUACGCCAUCAUCGGUGUCUCGUCGAUGUUACUAGUCGCAAUGGUGGUGGCAGUCACGGUGGGCGUUAACCUAAACAAUGACGAAGCGGGCGGUCCGACCUCUGGAACCAAAUCCAAUGAAAUAUCUGCUUCGGUGAAAGCCAUUAAAUCCAUUUGCCAAACCACGGAUUAUAAAAAGGACUGUGUUGAUAGUCUUAAGUCUAAUGCUAACAACUCUGCUGACCCACAUGAAUUGGUUAAAGCUGGGUUCAAAGCUGCCAUGAAGUUACUCCAAGCCGCUGCUAAACAAUCUGUCACCUUGCAACAACUUGAGCAAGACCCUAGAGCCUCCCAAGCCCUUGCUGGCUGUAAGGAGCUCAUGGACUUCGCCAUCGACGAGCUUAAAUUCUCAAUGAGUAGGUUUGGUGAUUUCGACACUACGCACCUCGAUGAAAUGUUGAUCGAUCUUAAGAUCUGGCUCAGUGCCACCAUUACGUACCAGGAAACUUGCUUGGAUUCGUUUGAAAACACGACGGGGGAUGCGUCGGAGAAGAUGAAGAAGGCAUUGAAGACGUCGAUGCGGUUGAGUAGCAAUGGAUUGGCGAUGGUGACCGAGAUCUCAUCCAUGUUGACAGAUUUGAAGGUGCCAGGGAUCGGCCGACGGCGACUUCUUGAUGCUCCUGUUGUCGUCGGGCAUGAAGAUUACCCCGAGUGGGCGGACCCCGGGAUACGGCGGCUACUGGCGGCGAAGGGGAAUGUGAAGGCAAACUUUGUGGUGGCUGUGGAUGGAAGUGGGGAUUUCAAGAGCAUUCAAUCAGCUAUUGACAAAGUUCCAAAGAGGAAGAACAACGAAACUUUUGUGAUUCAUAUCAAGGAAGGAGUGUAUAAGGAAUACGUGACCAUUAAAAAAUCCAUCACCCAUUUGAUGCUCAUCGGCGAUGGCCCGAAAAAGACGAUCAUCAGUGGCCAUAAGAACUUCUUCGAUGGCAUUACCACAUUCAAAACUGCAACCGUUGCUGUGACGGCAGAGCACUUCCGGGCAAGAGACAUAGGGUUCGUGAACACAGCAGGACCACACAAGCACCAAGCAGUAGCAUUACGAGUCCAAGCAGACAAAGCCAUAUUCUUCAACUGUGAGAUGCAUGGCUACCAAGACACACUCUACGUCCACACCAUGCGACAAUUCUACAGAGACUGCAUCGUCUCUGGCACCAUCGACUUCAUCUUCGGCGAUGCAGCCGUCGUCUUCCAAAACUGCAUCUUCCUAAUCCGCAAGCCGCUUUCAAAUCAACAAAACAUCGUCACAGCACACGGCCGGAAGGAGCGCCGACAACCCUCCGCCCUAAUCAUCCAAAACUGCACCUUCAAGGCGGACACGGACCUCGCCCCAGUGAAAAAUGUGUUCCGAUCCUUCCUCGGGAGACCGUGGAAGGAAUAUUCAAGAACAAUCAUCAUGGAAUCAUACAUCGACGAUGUGAUUCAUCCAGACGGGUGGCUGCCGUGGAGCGGCGACUGGGGGUUGAAGACAUGCUUUUACACGGAGUUUCGGAACUACGGGCCAGGGUCGGACACGUCGAAGAGGGUGAAAUGGAGGGGGGUGAAGGUUCUUACGCCGGCGCAUGCGGUGGAUUUCACGGCGAGCAGGUUUUUAUUGGGAGAUAGAUGGAUAAAGGCCACCGGAGUACCGUACGCGCCGGGGUUGACAAUGAGAAGACACAGUGAGGUGUAGCUUAUUGAUUUUGGUGAGCAACAUUUUUAAUUCUUUUGAAAUGGCGGCCGGCGACCAGGCUUAAGGCCGUAAGGGCC